AAGUACUUCAACGAGCCCGGCGGCAGCCUCGCGCUGGGCCACUACGACAAGCGCUACUUCAAGGCCGAGAUCCCCUACGGCGAGCACCGCGACGUGCUGCGCCAGCUGAUCCGCAGCUACCUGACGACGCUGCACGAGCACGGCGUCGAGACGUGGCUGGCCCACGGCACCCUGCUGGGCUGGUGGUGGAACGGCCAGAUCAUGCCGUGGGACUACGACCUCGACGUUCAGGUCUCCAACGCCACCAUGACCUGGCUGGGCGACAACCUCAACCGCACCGAGCACACGCACGUCGUCGACGCCGACACGGGCGCCUCCCGCACGUACCUGCUCGACGUCAACCCGCACCACGUCGACAUUGACCGCGGCGACGGCAUGAACAUCAUCGACGCCCGCUGGAUCGACACCUCCAACGGCAUGUUCAUCGACAUCACCGGCGUGCGCGAGCGCGAGGCCGACCGCCCGGGCAUCUGGAGCUGCAAGAACAAGCACCGCUACGCCAGCCAGGACCUCUGGCCCAUGCGCGUCACCGAGUUCGAGGGCGUCAAGGCCCGCAUCCCCUACAACUUUGAGGAGAUUUUGCGCGCCGAGUACGGCGACAAGAGCCUCGUCGUGGAGGAGUUUCAGGGACACCGCUGGAAUCGCGACAUCAACGAAUGGGUCAAGAUGACGCCCGAGGAAAUCAAAAAGAGCAAG